AUGAUAACUCCGAUUUUUUCGAUAAAACAAGACGAUGAUUUUCUAUUUAUUGAUAUUGAUGCUCGUUAUGCGAAUAUAAAAGAAACAGAAAUUGAAUAUUUUGAUAAAAUUUUUUUCUUCUCAUCUUCACCAUAUUUUCUUCGUUUACAUUUUCCAUGUGAAAUUAUUGAUAAUGAAAAAGGUGAAGCGAAUUAUGAUUCUGAAAAUGGAAAAUUUUUAAUCAAAGUUCCAAAGAAAUUUCAUGGCGAAUUUUUUCCAAAUUUAGAAAUGAUAACGGAAUUAUUAAAACCGUCAAAGAUUGAAGCCGAUCAUCUCGUGCAAGAAUGCGGUGAAGAAAAUAUUAAUGAUAAUGAAUAUUAUAUGGAACAAACCAUUGAACAAAAAGAGUUAUCACCAAUUGAUGAAGUAUGCAAAAAAUUUGGCUACGGUUUUGGAUGGCGUCGACAUAACGUUCUAGGCAAAUUGAUUCAUGAGAUUGGAAAUUUGAUCGAUUUGAAAAAUCCGGAAAGCGUUUUGAUUGAGGAGCGAUCCAGCAAAUGUUUACAGCAAGACCAAAUUUCAUUUCGACCAGAACAUUAUUUAGCAGAUCUUUAUGAAAAGAGCGAUAUCCUCGAUGAAUGCCUCAAUUUCCAGUUGCCUGAAAUUUGCUUCGAGUUGUCUUCAAAAGAUCGUGAGAAGCUGAAGGAAUUAGGAAGGCGGAAAAUAGCCAUUUUAUCGGAUGCAUGCAAUCACAGUGUAAUUCUUUCAUUAAUUGAUAUUUUGUUUGCUUAUCUUUAUGAUCUUCGAACCACCGAUGGCGAACAUAAUGUUGAGUCAGGUUGGACAAUUAUCAAGUUGAGUCCUACUCUAACAUAUUUGACUAGGUGGAAAAAUGCAAAAGAAGCUAUUACAAGUGCAAUACGUCGUGCUCUUUGUUAUCCGCUUUAUCGUCACUGGCAGCUUUCUUUGAAGGUUUUCGAUGAUAUAAAAAGAGUUAUUAGUAGAGGAAAGGUGGCUAUUCUACAUUGUCUUUGUGAAAUACACUAUAUUCUUGCAAUCAGCGGUGAUUUCCGAUAUAUAUUAAACGAUUUAUAUCUCACUGAUUAUUGCGUAUGGAUACAAUCUGUGUCGGAUGAAAAAUUCGUUCAACUUUUCGAUGAUCUUAAGGCAAUUAAAAUUGAAAAACGAGAUGUUCAAUUGGAAUUGUGUACUUUAGAAAUUGAAGCUCAAAUUUCAACUUUAGAAAUUAAAGAAAAUAUUGAAGAAAUGGAUUCAGACGAUGAGUGA